AUGGAGGUUGAUCAGAAGGAGCAAGGUGGCAAGGACCGGCAGGGGUUACUGGAGUCAUUUAUUGGCUCGGCCCUGGGAUUAGGAAAGGGGAUGACCCUUCAAUCCUUGGAGCUCACCCCUCCUCCCAAAAGAUCCCCGUGUGUGUCGCCAGCGACGUACUUCUGGACAAAGCAUCACCUUCAUGAUUGUAGUGAUGGACGGCCAGUGAAACCGGUUGUGGCGGACCUUAACAUGGGUGCGGCAUCUGGACCUGCACACUCUAGGAAAGAGAUGCCUGCAAGCUAUUACCUCGGUGUGGUUAUGCCGGACGCAUGCCAUCGGAAACUCGCGAUCCAAAAUUUGGACGGCAAAGAGCUCUACCAUUGUCUAGGUAGUGAAUAA